CAGGGAGGCUAAGACAAAUGAAUAAUGAAUGGGUGAGCCAGGGGAUGAACACCAGGCCAAAACAGGCUCCUAGCUACAGCCUACAGCCUACAAGGCAUGCUGCAUACAACUCGAUGCUUUAAUCUCAGCCUCCAGGAUCAACAUUAACUUGAUGAUACAAUCAGCGUGUCAAUUAGCGGCCAGUAGCACCUCCUGACGCAAAAUGGCCCAAAAUAUACCUUGGAGAUGCAUCAACGUCAGGGUCUGGAAGGACGAAAACAGCGUUGUUGCUCUACUGCAGCACCUUCAAGAGGCGUAUCAACUGGUAGUAUCCUUCGGCCUCGACGGAGAAGACGGAAACGGCAGAGAAGCGUCAUUGAACAGACUACUCGCCGCUCAUGUUGAUGCUCUCGAGUCAUUACCGGGGGCAGACUUGACAGGGCGAGCAUUUCCAGUCUCCGUGUCUCUGAGCAGCAAGAUAUCGACAGCCGUUGCGGAGUACUGGCAAAAAUCGAGCACUUUCCCGAAGGGUGUUUUUCCCGACACGGUUCUGUACUUCAGCGGCAAAUCAGGCAAUAUUCGGGGUCUCCUCAAACGCGAACCGGAGAGUUAUGACUCGUAUAUCUCACAUUUCCAGACCAUUCGCGAGAUCAUCAACGACGACGGCAUACUGGGCCACGAGGGCAGGGGAAAUCUCGCGGUCAAAUGCACAGAUGUGGUGCUACAAGACCCUCUCGACAGCCUCCGCGGGGCCUGCCACAAAUCAGCAGUCCCUUGCCUGCAAAAAACCGACGUGGUUUUUAAGGGAGUCACCUUUGCCGACUACCUGGCCUUUCCAGACGACGUGUUCCGCUGCCGGAUGGAUUCUCUCCACCGAGAAAUCUCUCUCUUGUGCAAUACCAUACCCCGGCAUCCGAACAUCAUGCCUCCCCCGCUGCGGCUCGUCAUCCACGCAUCCCCCGAGGGCCUCGGCUCUGGCAAGGUGGUCGGCGUUCUUUACGAGUGGUACAAGAACGGCAGCGUCGCAGCCCUGAUCGAGCGCAGCCUGGAGAACGGGUCGAGGAUACCCCCGAGCUGGAAGGCGAAGUGGUGUUUCCAGUUGGCUGACGCUCUCUACCACGUCCACCACAAGGGCCGCUCGUGGCACCAGGACUUGAAACCGCCCAAUAUUCUCUUGGACGACCAGUGCAAUGUUGUCAUUAUUGACUGGGAACAAGGGAUCGGAGGGGCGAACACAUUUAUUUCGGCGCCUGAAGUUGACGGGUCCUUCGACCUUGAAGUAAAAUCUAGCGGAAGCAGUGCAACUGAUUCUUUGCCCGAACUGGUAUACAUUCCGUACCAAGGGCCGCCCAGAAUUAAUAACAUCAUUGGCAUACCACAGUGGGAUGUCUUCCCACAGUGGCACGAGCUCAGCCCUCGGGCCGUGGAAGCGGCAGACGUCUUCAGUCUGGGGUCGACCAUGUUCCUGCUCUUGGAAGAGAUUGGACUCGAACGUCAGCCUGGGCUGGGGGACUAUAGCAGGACUCGGAGACUCUGGACUGACAAGUCGGCUGAUAUACCUCAGAAAUGGAAGGACAAUGUCACUGCUUGCACGAGGCAGGAUGCAAACGACCGCUUGACUCUGACUGAAGUUCGGGCUUUUUGGGGGAACGAGUGGAGACGGCAAAGUAUGGCAGUGUCAAAUCGGGCCGGGGGACCCGCCUAAAUCUAGGGAAGAGAAGGAGCCGGAUCGGGACGAGGAUUUGCCAUUGGGUAAGACCCGGAUCCUCCCACUUCCAUUUUCAAUUUUCCCGCUCUCCAUGACCAGAUCUUCUUCUUCACAAUGUCAACGAACACCAAGGUCGCUCUUAUCAAUCUAACGCCAGAUCAUUUCUCGGCGUUGAACCGGGCGAUGUGCACUAUCCUCUCCAGCACUCUUGCCUCCGAGACAUACGCCCAGAUAGUGGAUGGUCUUCCAACUUGUGAC